UGCACCUCAAACGAACGCAUGAAAAAGGGGUACAUUUCAAUUUAGGUGCCUAGUUUAUUUUUACUCUUUUAGAUGUAUGAUACGUCAGAUACGGUGAGCUUUGCAUAAGCGAGUGGUAGGCUUUUCAGUCAUGUUCGCUCAUAAUCUUCAGGUUAUUCAAACGAACAGUGAUUUCAUACAAUAAUGGACAUAACGUUCCUCAGCUUACGUUCCUGUUAGACUAGUUAGCUUCACAUUAGCAUACUGGUGGCAAUGCCUUUCGUGGCUAAACGAUGUGGAGUGAAUUUUAGCCCACCUUCUGUCGUGGUUAUCUAUGAAGACAAGAGUACUAGCAAGAUGAGAAAACGCGUUAUUCCGGUGAGGAAUUUCUCACAGUUUUCAGAUUGCAGCAAGGCUGCAGAACGGUUGAAACAUAACCCUCGUCACAGGGAUUACCUGGAGAGUAUAUCCGUGAGCCAACUAGAGAAGCUUCAUGUACGCCUGCGUGAACACAUGCGGGGGCUAACUCCAGAACAAAGUUUGGCUGGUUUGCAAAAUGAAGAUCCUUACGAGGAGGACCUCAAUAAGCUAAGCGACGAGGAUCUUGCUCACAGGAAAGCUCAAAUGGACAAGGUCUUUGAACGCAACAGAAAGCAGAGGGGAGACCCAGACUUUGUUUAUGAUCUCGAGGUGGAGUUUCCAGAGAUUGAGAGUCAGGGAGCCUGCAGCUGGGAUGAUGAAUCAGAUGAUGGCUUUUAGCCAUGCGUGAAAUGUGAGUUUUCAUCUUACUAAGGAAGUUAUUUCAUUGAGUUGCCUUGCAUAUAUUGGAGAAUGCAUUGUUAUUUCAUUAUUUUUUUGGAAAUGGAUUCUUCAAUUUAACAAGUGUAUAAUGAUAUAAUAAUAAUAAUAAUAAAAAAAUAAAAAAAUAAUAAUAAUAAAGUCUGUCAGCUCUGCGACAAAGGAAUUGUAUUGAAUCAUACUCAGGUUAUGUAUAAAAUAAAACUACAAAUAUCAAAUA